AUGGUUUUUCUGGCGAGGGGAGGUGCAGCUGCACCUCCUUGCUCCUUAACAGAUCCGCCAGUGCUUAGACUGGCAGCUAGUUACCGGGAUGUAACCAAGGUGAAGAUAUGUCUACUAAUCCUAAAGCCUAAAAUUGGUGAUAACAAGAAAGCAUCUGAGGAUGCUAAAGUGAACAUUGACCAGGCAAACAACAACUGCUCGAAGCCCCUAGCAAUUGCUCGAAGUUUAUGA